AUGGCGCUCGUCCUCCUAUAUUACGUGCACAAUCUCAAUUUGCCUUUACCGGCCAAGGCGCAUGAGACCGCAAAGAAACCCCAAUCGCAAUCACCGCAUUGGCAAUCAGAAACACAUUCAGCAUCCGAAUCACCUUCGAUAGCUUCGACCGCAAUACCACGGAAUACCUCGCACUCUACCCUAACAUUGCACCCUACCCUAACAUUGCACCCUACCCUAACAUCCGCGCCCGGCGCAGCCACAUCGUUAGCCACGAAUAAAGAAUACAAGGAAGACGAGGAGGAUCUUUCCAUGGCAACCGUCAUUAAGGCGCUGUACCGACCCAUACUGCACCCGGUCGACGCGGUCAACUUUACAGACGAGGAUGGCGAGAUACAUCGCUUGGCCGGCGAGCCUCGUUUCAAGAAGAAGCUUGGAAAGAAAAUACUGAUACUGGAUAUUGACAGCCGACCGCUGGACGGAGAAGGACAGCUCAUGAACAAGAAGCUCAGCUGGAAAGGCAUGCGCACGCUGUCCGGUGGCAUGCUGAGCCAUUAUAUGUAUGCUAUGAUACACGGCUACGACUAUAAAUUCAUCCGUGCUCCUGAUUAUGCCGACCGCUGGGGCACCUGGGUCAAAGUGCCAUUGAUGAAGGAGGCUCUCAAGACACACGACUAUAUAGUCUUCAUGGACUCGGACGUCAUGUUCCACUACCCGCAUCUCCCGCUCGAGUGGCUCCUGAAUUACUGGGACAUGACCCCGGACACGCUCGCCAUGAUGUCCAUCGACCCCGACGAACCGCAGAACUACGACUCCAAGGGAAACCGCUACCUCAACACGGGCUUCGUCAUCGCACAGCAGAGCCAACGCACGCAGGAGAUGUUCAAGAAAUGGGCAGAAUGUCCCUCGGAGAAAGAUUACCCGGGCUGCGCACGGUGGAAGCUGGACUGGGCGCAUGAGCAGUCUGCUUUUGGCAAUUACCUCCGGUACGACUUUGAUCGCCCAAACGACAUCAAGGUGUUACCUUGUGUGGAAGCGAACGGCGCACCCGAGGCCAUCAACCGAGGGGGCUGUAGAGGCAUCUUUGUGCGCCAUUUUUGGGUCGAUAAGGGGUUGCUGGCGAAGGGCCUCGCGGAUAAUGUCAUGCAAUAUUUUGUGCCGCGGCUGCACCAAUUCUUCCAUCAAGGCGCAAAGGAGAAUAUCAUGGAUGUGAAGGGCCAGGGGUUUACGCUAAAGGGAGCAGAUCUAGUGAAGAUGACGGAGGAAGAGGAAGAGGAGGCGAAGGGUGGGGAAGGGAAAAUGCAAAAGGACGAGGGAUAUAAGAAGAAGAAGCAUAAUCAUCCGUCGUGA